AUGAAGUUGAUAACACAUAAUAUGUUAACAUCAAACAUCAUCAAAGGUGUUAAAAAUGGAUUUCCGUUGAAAAUAAACGCUGUUAAAGUUGAAAACAUAACGGUUGAUUAUAAUCGCGAUUUUAUAACGAGAAUGUUGCCGCGUAUUGAAUAUAAUGCUUUACGCUCAGCCGUUUCAGAUAUCGGUAUCAAUGAAUCUUUACCAGAAGUUUUAUCCGAAUCAUUACAAGAAGACGAUGAAUUUCUGAAGAAAAUGCAUAAAGUAUUAUUAGAAAUUGAAAUUGAAGAAGGUGAAUUGAUCUGUCCUGAAACAGGUCGAAAAUUUCCAAUAAGAAAAGGCAUACCAAAUAUGUUACUUAGUGAAAGUGAAGUAUCGUGA